AUGGCCGAACCCACGCCAUCCGGAUCUCAACCGCGAGAUAAUCUUCCCGAGACCGAAAUUCCAGAACAACCUCUACCACUUGACUACAACUACCCCGAUGUUGGACGCAAAGAAGACCCCGAAUUCCCUGACGAGUACGUCCUCGAAACUAGCACUGGUAUUGUUCCCCAAACGACACUGGAGCGCCGACGCUCUCGAGCAUCUACCUUUACUGCUCACAAACCUCCUACCGACAUUGAAAAGGCCAAAGAAUCCAUUGAAUUUGUGACUUUCACCAUUGGAGACCCUGAACACCCACAUAAUUGGUCGGUCUUCUAUCGUUGGUACGUUACCCUCGUCGCGUCAGGGUUAGUAGUAUGCAUCGCGUACGGCUCUUCUAUCGUCACUGGUGGCUUGGGCCUGAUUCAAAAGCAAUACAACGUCUCAUUAGAGGUCGCUAUCUUGACCUGCUCAAUCAUGGUGUGUGGAUUCGCCGUUGGGCCUCUAAUUUGGUCGCCUCUCUCCGAAAUCAUUGGUCGAAGACCCGUCUACAUCAUCUCUCUGUCCCUCUAUGUCAUCUUCAACAUCCCAUGCGCCCUGGCACCCAACAUCGGAUGCCUAUUGGCCUGUCGUUUCCUCUGCGGUGUCUUCUCAAGCUCCGGUCUUUCGCUAGCUGGUGGAACCAUUGCCGAUAUCUGGAGGAUGGAAGAGCGAGGAGAAGCCAUCGCUUACUUCGCCGCCGCUCCAUACUGCGGCCCUGUCAUCGGCCCCAUCGUCACCGGUUGGAUCAACGUCGGCAGCGGUCGCCUGGAUCUCUUCUUUUGGACAAACAUGGCAUUCGCGGGCGUCGUCAUGAUUAUAAUUGGUCUUGUCCCUGAGACCUAUGCGCCUGUGAUCCUUAAACGCCGCGCUGCCAAGCUACGAAAAGAAACCGGCAACACCAACAUCAUCACAGAGCAGGAGCAGCACAAACUCACCCUACGUGAUAUUGCUCGCACCAGCUUGAUUCGCCCCAUCACUAUGAUCAUGACAGAGCCUGUCCUCGAUCUAAUGUGCAUGUACAUUGUACUGAUAUACUCCAUGCUCUACGCCUUCUUCUUCGCCUACCCAGUUAUCUUCGGCAAACUCUACAAUUACAACGACGGCCAGAUCGGCUUGAUGUUCAUUCCAAUUUUGAUCGGCGCCAGUUUCUCUCUUAUGGUUACCCCAGCGAUUGAGAAGAAUUUCCGAUCAAUCUGCCGCAAACGAGCUUCUACUCCUGAAGACCGACUCAUCGCCGCACUCAUUGGUGCACCAUUCAUCCCGAUCGCAUUCUUCUUGCUCGGCGCUACCUCCUUCAAGCACAUUAUUUGGGUGGGACCUGCUUCGUCAGGCAUUGCGUUCGGAUUCGGCAUGGUUUUGUGCUACUAUUCCGUGAACAACUAUAUCAUCGAUUCUUAUCAGAAAUAUGCGGCUUCUGCGCUGGCUGCCAAGGUCUUCCUACGCUCUGGUGGCGGUGCUGCGUUCCCGUUGUUUACUACCCAAAUGUAUGAUCGUCUUGGCUUACAGUGGGCUUCGUGGCUUCUUGCUUUCAUUGGUGUUGGAAUGGUUUUUAUCCCCUACGUCUUUUAUAUCUAUGGAGCGAAACUUCGGGCCAAGUUGAACCGGGAUUGA